AUUAAGUCGUGGGAGCAGGGAGCAGUUUAAAAAAGCCACAGCAGAGAACCACUUGAGACACGGAGACACAAAGACCAUUUAGGUUGCCUCAGACCAAAGCCUUGUCAGCCAAGUUUUGUACUGGAAACUGUUGUCAUUAGUGGGGAGCCAUGUUAGAGACCAGCACUGACGAGAUGUUUCUGCCCUCCUGCCACGAUGAGCAGCUGGUGGACAACCUCCUUUCCAAUGAGGAGCUGGAUGGAGAACACGCUGGUCCGGGUCUCUCCCUGGCCAAGGCGCUGCUCCCUUUGGUGGAGUGCUCCUCGUCUCCUCUCGCCUCCUGGGUCUGCUCCACCCGCUACAAGACAGAGCUCUGCACCAGCUACUCGGCCUCUGGUUGUUGCCAGUAUGCCGAGCGCUGCCAGUUCGCCCACGGCCUCCAUGAGCUCCACGUUCCCUUUCGCCAUCCCAAGUACAAGACGGAGCUAUGUCGUAGCUUCCACGCGACGGGCUACUGCUACUACGGCAGCCGCUGUCUGUUUGUGCACAACCCCACAGAGCAACGCCCGGCCCUGCGUCGCCGCAGGAAUAUCCCAUGUCGCACCUUUCGCUCCUUCGGCGUCUGUCCCUUUGGCACGCGCUGCAACUUUCUGCACAUUGAAGGAAGCGAGGGCGAGAAAGUCGAUGGUUCUCUGGAGUCUCCUGAUGCGGGCGAGAAAACCCCUUUGCCCCUUAGCCCCAAAUUCUCACCGCAGACCAAAGAGUGGAAGCCUCGGGGCGCUCUCUGUCGCACCUUUUCGGCCUUCGGCUUCUGCCUGUACGGCACGCGCUGCCGCUUCCAGCACGGUCUCCCCAGCAAAAUGAAGAGCUCGGACAAGAGUCCAGGAGGGCUCUCACUGGGAAGUUCGGGUUUACCUUCCCCGUCCUCGCUCUCGGGAUCCACCCCGUGCUCGUCCACAUCCUCCUCGCCACCCUGGACCCCACCUGUCGAUACCACACCCACAGAGGCCACUGCCCACAAUGCUUUCACCUUCUCCAGCCAGCACCUGAAUGACCUUCUGCUGCCUCUGGCCCUUCACCUGCAGCAGCUGGAGAGCAGCAAGGCCCAUGAGAUCUGGGACAACAGAGCCAUGUAACGUACAGCACUAGCACCUGAUGCCAAACCCCUGUUUUUUUUUUUUUUUUUUUUUUAUAAUUCUUUAAACUUUUUAAAAAUUUUUUUUGUAUUUUUUUAAUUCUUAACUUUAAAACUGCAGUUGAACAGGUGUGUGUACUGGAGGCUUUUGGAAGUGUUCUGUCGCACAUCGACAAUAACAAAUUGUUCUGGAUCUCCCUUUUGGGCCCAGCUAUUUGAAAUUAACUUUUAAUAAUUGUACAUAUUUUAUAAAUGGAAUGUAUUAAAUGAAAUGUCUGGCUUCAGUGUUGUGAAUAAACUAUUUUUAAUCUUUAA